GUCUCCGGAGCCGGCCAGGAUGGCGCAGUGGAAUCAGCUGCAGCAGCUCGACACGCGGUACUUGGAGCAGCUCCACCAGCUCUACAGCGACAGCUUCCCCAUGGAGCUGCGGCAGUUCCUGGCACCCUGGAUUGAGAGCCAGGACUGGGCCUACGCUGCCAGCAAGGAGUCGCACGCCACGCUGGUCUUCCACAACCUGCUGGGGGAGAUCGACCAGCAGUACAGCCGCUUCCUGCAGGAGUCCAACGUCCUGUACCAGCACAACCUGCGGCGCAUCAAGCAGUUCCUGCAGAGCAGAUACUUGGAGAAGCCGAUGGAAAUAGCCCGCAUUGUGGCUCGCUGCCUCUGGGAAGAGUCCCGGCUCCUUCAGACAGCUGCGACCGCAGCCCAGCAAGGGGGACAGGCAACACACCCGACAGCAGCUGUAGUGACAGAAAAGCAGCAAAUGCUGGAGCAGCAUCUGCAGGACGUGAGGAAGAGGGUGCAGGAUCUGGAGCAGAAGAUGAAAGUGGUGGAAAAUCUCCAAGAUGACUUUGAUUUCAACUACAAGACUUUGAAAAGCCAAGGAGAUAUGCAGGAUCUGAAUGGAAACAACCAGUCAGUGACCCGGCAGAAAAUGCAGCAGCUGGAGCAGAUGCUCACGGCGCUGGACCAAAUGCGGAGGGGUAUUGUGAGUGAGCUGGCUGGGCUGUUGUCAGCCAUGGAGUAUGUGCAGAAGAUGCUUGCAGAUGACGAGCUAGCAGACUGGAAAAGACGGCAGCAAAUCGCCUGCAUUGGUGGCCCCCCCAAUAUCUGUCUCGACCGGCUGGAGAACUGGAUAACCUCUCUUGCGGAGUCACAGCUACAGACCCGGCAGCAGAUCAAGAAGCUGGAAGAGCUGCAGCAGAAAGUGUCCUACAAGGGUGACCCCAUUGUCCAGCACCGGCCCAUGCUGGAGGAGCGGAUCGUAGAGCUGUUCAGGAACCUGAUGAAAAGCGCUUUCGUCGUGGAGAGGCAGCCCUGCAUGCCCAUGCACCCCGACCGGCCCUUGGUCAUCAAAACAGGCGUGCAGUUCACCACCAAAGUCAGGUUGCUGGUCAAGUUCCCAGAGCUGAACUAUCAGCUGAAAAUUAAAGUCUGCAUUGACAAGGACUCCGGGGAUGUUGCAGCCCUGCGGGGGUCGCGGAAGUUUAACAUUCUGGGGACAAAUACCAAGGUGAUGAACAUGGAAGAGUCCAACAACGGCAGCCUCUCGGCAGAGUUCAAGCACCUGACACUGCGGGAGCAGCGAUGUGGCAAUGGAGGAAGAGCCAACUGCGAUGCCUCGCUGAUAGUCACUGAGGAGCUGCAUCUCAUCACCUUUGAGACAGAGGUCUAUCACCAAGGGCUGAAGAUUGACCUAGAGACCCACUCGCUGCCCGUCGUGGUCAUCUCCAACAUCUGCCAGAUGCCCAAUGCCUGGGCCUCCAUCCUGUGGUACAACAUGCUGACCAACAACCCCAAGAACGUGAACUUCUUCACCAAGCCGCCCAUCGGGACCUGGGACCAGGUGGCGGAGGUGCUGAGCUGGCAGUUCUCCUCCACCACCAAGCGCGGGCUCAGCAUCGAGCAGCUGACGACACUGGCUGAAAAGCUUCUGGGGCCAGGUGUGAAUUACUCUGGCUGUCAAAUCACCUGGGCCAAGUUCUGCAAGGAGAACAUGGCUGGCAAAGGCUUCUCUUUCUGGGUCUGGCUGGACAACAUCAUUGACUUGGUGAAGAAAUACAUCCUGGCGCUGUGGAACGAAGGCUACAUCAUGGGCUUCAUCAGCAAGGAGCGGGAGCGAGCGAUCCUGAGCACCAAGCCGCCGGGAACCUUCCUGCUACGCUUCAGCGAGAGCAGCAAGGAAGGGGGCAUCACCUUCACCUGGGUGGAGAAGGAUAUCAGUGGGAAAACCCAGAUCCAGUCCGUGGAGCCUUACACCAAGCAGCAGCUAAACAGUAUGUCCUUUGCGGAGAUCAUCAUGGGCUACAAAAUCAUGGAUGCCACCAACAUCCUGGUGUCCCCCCUGGUGUAUCUGUACCCGGACAUCCCGAAGGAGGAGGCAUUUGGGAAGUACUGUCGCCCUGAGAGCCAGGAGCACUCUGAAGCUACAGACUCAGGUAGUGCCGCUCCGUACCUGAAGACCAAGUUCAUCUGCGUCACCCCCACCUCCUUCAGCAACAGCAUCGACCUGCCCAUGUCCCCACGCACCCUGGACUCACUCAUGCAGUCUGGCAUCAGCAGCGAGGGAGCAGAGGCCAACGCGGGCCAGUUCGAGUCGCUGACCUUCGACAUGGAGCUGACCCCCGAGUGUGCGUCGUCACCCAUGUGAUGGGCUCCAGCGCUGCUCCCGGAGCCUCCCGGCACUCGCCUUCCCGGUCCCAACAUCCCCCCCCCCGUCUGGCCCUGCUCCGUCGCUUGCUUGGGGCCUUUCCUUGCGAGGAGCUGGGGGCCAGGGUCCUCGACGUAGAUUUCCUUGACCCAAAUGAUCACCCACCUUGGUGGUGGUGUCGUUGGUCUCUUUGCGGGGAGGGGGGGAUAACCCUUUUCCUAGUUCCUUCCAUAACACACUUUAUUAUUGUUUUGCUCAUUCAAGUGCCUAUCAGCCUCCAAGUGCAGCCUCAGUUCUUACAAAUGCUUCUGCAGCCCCUCUUGAGCUGCCUGCUCUCGAAAGCUGCUUUGCUGACUGCUGCUAUCUAGAAAGCCCUGAAGCUCUUGGAAAUGUGGAUUUGCCUCCUAGUAGCUGAGCAGGGAUGGAGUCGCGGCACCGUGUGCUGGAAAACCAGCCAGCGAAGGGAGGCUCCUCCAGCCCUCGGAGCUCUUGUCUUGGUGCCUUCUGCUCCCCCUGGUUCUGGGCUGGGGGCCCAGCCAGCAGCAGGGAGGUGGAUGGGCCCAGGCCCUCCUGUCCUGGGACAGGGGCAGUUCUGCUGGGCUUUGGGAAGCUUUGGGAGCUUCAGGACUCCCCAGGAGCUUCAGGAGCUGCCUCGGGGAGCCACCACCUUCCUGCUGCAGGCAGAGAGCUCCAGCAGUCCCAGAGCUCCCGCUGCUCUCCCUGCCCUGCACGGAUUCUCGUGGGGAAGAGCAGGGCUCUGUCCCCAGACCCUUGUGGUUGGCACGAGGCAGCGUUUGCAUCUCGGCUCUGUCUGUGGUCCCUGGGGCCCUAGAGCUGCCACCGUGGCCCUCCUGCCCCUGAGGCUGCUCAAUGAGGCUCAGCUGGGCCGGGCUGCCAGGCUGGGCCCUCUUUCCUUUGCUGGGGCUUGGGGCAUU